AUGCCUCCACCGCGUGCAAGGUCUGCCAGCACGCCAAAGAAGAUUGCUCGCAAACUCUCUAUUUCCCUGCUCUCUGCUGCGCCCAAAGCACUCGUAUUAGCGCCCUCCAACUCUACAGAUUCAUUCGUCUCCCCCGUCCCCGAUUUACUGAACUCCAACGCGCCCCCCUCCGACUCAGAGCGCGCGUCUAUCCAAGAUGCUAUCGACAGAGUCUCCGAUGAAAUCAACACCACCGUAGCUAUACCCACACGAAGCGUCAAAACCCGGCGCCACUCCGAGGCAGGGCUCAAGUUUAUCAAAACGCACAAAGCCAUCCUCUCCCCGCUGCGCGAGCUACCGCACGAGAUCCUCUCCGAGAUCAUCUGCACUGCGUGUGAGACGUCCUUCUGGGACGAGCACCCGACAGGGUUCACGUUUUCCCCCGCAGGCGCCGUGAAGCUGCCCUGGGCCGCGUCCCAGGUGAGCCGCUUCUGGCGCUCAGUGACGCUGUCGCUGCACCACCUCUGGGCGCAGAUCGUCAUCGAGACAUGCACGCGCGAAACAUGCAAGCCUUCCAAAUCGCUGCUUCCCCUCGUCGACACACUUUUAGCCCGGUCUGAUCACGCGCCGCUCCGAAUCCACUUUAGCACGUCAGGAACGGUCGACGUCGAGGCGCUGCGCCCUGUGAUCGAUGCCCUGGUGUCGAGCUCUGACAGGUGGCACACGUUUCAUCUCACAUCCGAGUCGCCAGUGUUUGAUGCGUUCCAAGGGAUCAGAGGCCGUCUGGCGUCGUUGCAGAAGCUCUCGUUAAUUUUAGCAGGCGAGAACGUCGACCUCACACGCCCGAUCGAUAUGUUCGAAUACGCACCGGUGCUGCAGGACGUGUAUUACUGGCGCGACGCGUAUCUCGGCUCGCGGGACAUCAAGCUCCCAUGGGAGCAGAUAAGGGUAUUCCACGACUCCGGCGGCUCGUCUCCAUCCUCAUCCACCGCCCCCUCCACAGGAUACUCCCGGCACACAGCGAUCCCGACCCUGCGCUCUGCGCGCGACAUCCGCAUCGCGGACUUCUCCAUCGACGACACGCAGAAGCCGUGGCCAGCAACGACCGCGCGGCACCUGCACACGCUGCACAUCGACUUUGACGACCUCGACGACACCAACUUCAGCAGCUGGGGCUCGGACCACUUUCUGCCCAGCCUCACCGCGCCCGCGCUCGCGCGGUGCAAGAUCACGAAUUACCCGGGCAACCCCGUCCCGACGCUCGUUGCGCUCAUCGGGCGCGCGUGCGGGACGGCGGCGCCGUCGAUGACGCUGCAGGAGCUCUCGCUUAGUGCGUUUUUUAUGGAUGAGUGUGGUGAGCCUGGAGAGCUCUCGGCGCUGCUUGAGCUUACCCCGCGGCUGAGGAAGCUGUCGGUGCAUUUACCUUCGCUCGUAGACCUCUCGCGUCUUGUGGUGGUGCCAGGUGCGGCUGAGCCGCCUCUCCUACCGUGUCUGGAGGAGCUGUAUAUCUUUAUGAGCUCGCAUGAGAAUUUCCACAAGUAUGUCGGGACGAUAUCGGAGCUUGCAAAGUCGCGCUGCGAAGCGCCCCACGAGUCCUCUUCCUCCUCCUCCUCCGAAUCCAACACCACUUCAUGCCCUUCACCCACCGGCACCCGCCCCGGGCGGCUCGCCCACCUGCGUCUCAUCUCACACAGCACAUUCGCAUGCCACACAAUCCACGAAGCGCUCGAGCGGCACAUGCACGCGUACAGCACCGCCGGAGCCGGGACUGACACCGCUAUAAACGAGAAGCAGCGCGCGCGGAACGAGGAGAUCUACGAAGAGUGUCUGGCGCGGUACGACCCGCUCUCGACGGCGUUCCUCAACCUCGUCCCCUCGAAAUUCGGCCUGUUUGAUAAUAUCCGCUGGGCGAUGGGCCUUGCGCGUUUUCUGACCAAGACGGAGAGUAAUUGGCGGAUUAGGAAUGAGCAUCUUUAUGCAUACAACAUCCACCACCUGAUGUACCACAUCUCCAGCCUCUCGCCCUCUGACCUCCCCGGUGAAAAGGUGUACAACUUCCGCCGUCGCGCGCGCGGGCUGCUGGAUAAAUGGGAGCCACUCCUCCGCGCGGACGUGGAGGCGCGCCGAUGGGCGUUCCAGGGCGCGCAUUCGGUUGUGUAUGUGCCUAAGGAUGAUGCUAUCCGCUCUGCAUCCCCUGACGAGAUGCUCAAGAAGAUGAUAUACGGCGCUAAAUUCUGGCCGCAGAAGUACUCGGAAUCGUGGGAUGAUAUGCAGGUUGCGCUGCAGUUUGUGGAUUAG